AUGAGUGUUCAUGUAUUGACCAAUAACUAUGAUAUUUGUGUUAUUGGUUCAGAAAAAGUUGGUAAAUCAUCAUUAAUAAUUCGAUGUGUAUAUGGUAAAUUUGUUGAAAAUAUAGAUGUUAAUGAAUUAUAUUUUAAAAAAGUAGCGUUGCCAGAUUUAAGUAAUAAAACAUUUGAAAUUUCAAUUUUUGAUAGUGAUUUUGCUAAGGAUUUACAUUCAGCAAGUAAAAGGCUACAUAUUGUAAAUACAAAUUCAAUUGUAUUUGUUUAUUCAAUUGAUAAUUUAGAAAGUUUUAUUAUUUUACUGGAUUAUUACGAUGUUAUAAAACGUAUUAGAGGCUCUGAUGUACCACCAAUUGCUGUUAUAGGUACAAAAUCAGAUUAUAGUUCUACUAAUAGGUCGGUAGAUCCCCAACAAGGUCAAAGAUUUGCUGAUUUAAUCAAUGCUGUUUCAUUCAAUGAAUGUUCGGCAUUAUAUGAUAUGAGUGUAAAGGAAAGUUUUGAGAAAAUAGUGAAAACAGCAGUUGAUAUUAAAUUAAAAUUGAUUAAGAGUAAGAAUAAAACAAAUUUAUUAAGAGAUAAUUCAGAUGCAUUGAUUCCAUGUGAGAGUACAAAUAGUUUAACUUAUCAGCCUUCAAUAGUUGAAGCUGAUUCAAAACCAGAAGAAAUACAUCACGAAAAUACUGAAAACCCAGUUGAAGGUUCAUCAAAACAAGUAGAAUCUAAAGAACCUGAACCUGAGCAAAGUUUGGAAAGAGCACCUUCUAAAAAAACCCAACCAGAUCGACAUUACACAAGAGAAACAGAAACUAUCAAUAAAAAAUCCGAAUCAGGAUGUUGUAUUAUUACUUAG